AUUUUUUCCUUAUGCACUAUAAUAAACUGAUAACGUGAAGGAUCGAUUUAUAGAUAUCAGCAACUAUAACAACUGGUUAAGAGCCAUAUGCCUUAUCAGGGCUGGCCUAUUUUAAUCAACGGGGGGAAAUUAAAUAUUUUUGUAUAGUUUCGUUACAUGUUUUAUUCUUAUUUGAACUAUGGUAUGGUUUUUUUUAUUCUCACGAAUUGAUAUGUUUUUCAAGGAAGAAAUAAAGGUGAAACAUUAAUGAUUUUUUUGUUCUUUUACAAAUAUUUAUUUUGUUUUAAGAGAUUAACUUCCUCUAUUGUAUACCCCCUGUGCAUUAGUUUUGGAACAUGCAAUUUGUACGUUGAACUGACGGCAUCGGUGAAGAAGGGUUGCGAAAUGAAUAAGUCUUAAGUAAUAAAAUUGAAAUUAUUGAGAAAAAAAAUCAACAUGUGUAAUAUUUGCCACAUGAGGAUUAUCACUGUUAUAUAGGGUGCGGUUUAAGGAUGUUUAGUGUAUUUAACUGAUUUAUGAUAACACAUCACGUAUUGAUUACAUAUUUGGAUUUGUAAUUUUACAUAUCAUUGAAGACAUAGCAUAGUAAUUAACGUACAUGACAAGCAUAUUGCAGUUUUCUUGAAAUAUUAAAACCUCUCAGAGAAACAAAUCUGAUACGCGACAGUGUUUUUUUUUCUCUCAUAAAAUUAGGACGUAAACUAAUAAUUAAGAGUGUUAUACAAUAAACAUUCUUUUGACGGAUUUAAAAUUAAAGUUGUUUUGAAAAACAGGUCAAGAACCACUAGUGAAAUUGCUAAUAAAAAUGAAGGGAAGGGAUAGAGUAUCUGUAUCACAUAUUAUGUUAAUAUGUUUAUCCCUAAAUGUGUAUUUUGGACUGGUGACAGCAGAGGACACGACGACGAACACAAUAACAUCCCCUCCGACGACCACACAAGCACCCGAAACGACAUCGGCGACGACGACGACGACAUCUACAACAACAACUACAACAACAACAACACCACCAACAACAUCAACAAUUAAACCAACAACAACAACACCGCCUGCAAUAACGACAGAAGAAGCAGCAGCAGCAGAAACAACAGCAGCAGCAGCAACAACAACAAAACAAACAUCAACUACAAUCACCACAACAGCGCAAUCAGCAACAAGCCUUGUGCCGCCUACUGACACAACAGCAGCAACAGAUUCUAAGGUAUCAACUACUAUUUCAACUAAUAAUUUAACAAACGCAACAAGUACAAUUAGUUCAACUACUACACUAUCAACUGCUGCGUCAACUCCCAUACCAUCUACCAAGUCAACAACACAAAAUUCUACCCCAACCACUUCAUCAACGACUACGUCAACGACAACGACAACAAAAGCUCCUACAACUACUGCAGGUAAUAAUUCUGUAACAUCCCAAACCAUCCCGCCUGAAACCAGCACCUUAUCCACCCUUCAAUCCUCUCCUGUUACCACUACCUUGUCUACAGUAACUGCAAAUGGUACAACGGCGACAUUGAGUUCCAGCUCACCCACCACACUAUCCACUUCACCUGUAACCUCUGCCUCGUCAGUAGCUUCAAAUGGGACACAAUCUACGUUGACUACCACUUCAUUGGAACAAACAACAGCUGGAUCAUCUAGUAAUGUUCCAACCACAACUUUACCUCCAACAACAUCUAACGAAUCAACAACAGUGAAACAAGAAAACCAAACGACUACGACCUCAACUGAGAACGGGACAUCGUCUUCCACUGAGCAAACAACAUCGUCUACCACAACGGGAAUCACCUCAUCUACAACAUCGCAAUCCACUUCACAACAAACAAUGUCAAACAUUUUAUCUUCCACACAAUCGGUACAAACUACUAC